AACCUUUAUACAGAAAUACAAAGACAAAAACCAUCAGCACGGUAUAAUGAUUAUGAUACUAUGUGGUUUUAUGAGGAGUUGUUAAGUAGACAACGUGAAGAUUCUAGAUACAAACCAGACAUAAAUUGGACGUGGACCGAACGUCCGUAUCCAUGUCCAAAGCAAGAUGCAGACACAGACAUUGUUCAAUGA